AUGAAUAUAUCAGAUUUGAGAACCAAGCUGUGCAGAAUGAUUUUAAAUGUCUACAAGCUGUUUGAAACUGACAGACAGAAGAACAACAAUCACAUAUUUGAUGCUCAGAAGAAGAGAGAGCCUGCUGCUGCUGAUAUUAUUAAUGAGUAUGAGAAUGGUUUGGAUGAUUUGAGGCUUGUUGACAUCAAGAAUAUUAACUUGGAGUAUAUUCAUGACCUUACAAACAAGACAUCUGAUGUUGAUGGAGACAAUGGAGACAACAGGAACAAUGAGGCCAACAGAGAUAAUAGAGAUGACAGAGAUGAUAAAGAUAAUAAAGAUGAUGAAAAGAGCAGUCCUCAUGUUCUUGAGAAUACAGAGCAUGAGGAGGCCAGAAAAUAA